CAGCACCAGAUAGAUUCAAGAUUCUCAACUACUAAAGCGAUCGAAGAAAGGAACUAAAAACCAAACCAGUGUCUCACUCUCACCCCAGAAACUCAUUGUUGUGUGGCACAACAAACUUCACCAAUGAUGAAAGCCCUCACAAGCUCUUGUUCUAAGGCCAGGGUCGAGACUCUAGGACCCUUCUCUCCCAGAGUUCCCCUUUGUGUUUCUGAUAGACCCGAAUUCUGCUUCACCCUUCGUUCCAAAAAUGAGAAAAAGGGAUGGAAUUUAUUGCUCCUGAAACUGGUUCGAAACAAUGAUCUUUACCCUGUUCAUGCAGUGCCACCAAAGGACCAGGUGGACUUGGAAACUGUGGAGCCUCAGGCUCAACAGAGUGAACAAACAAAUGAAUCAAAGUUUGUUCGUGUAUCAUUCCAGUUACAAAAGACUUGUAAUUUUGGUGAACAGUUUCUUAUAGUUGGAGGUGGUCCUGUGCUUGGUUCAUGGGACCCUUUAGAGGCAUUACCCAUGACAUGGUCUGAAGGACAUGUAUGGGCUGUGGAGCUGGAUAUGCCUGCUGGACAAACAUUCCAGUAUAAGUUCAUACUGAAAGGAGAAGGGGGGGAUAUUAUUUGGCAGCCACGGUUGGAUCGAUUGAUCCACACUUGGGAAACUAAGAAUAGAAUAGUUGUUCUCGAAGAUUGGGAGAAUGUAGAACUUCAGAAAAUAACAGAGGAAGAUCAACUUGCCGAGCCAAAUGAGGAACCCCAGCUGACUCAAUGCUUUCCUCUCCUUGUUGCUCUACGUUAGUAACUCAUUGCUCAUCUACAUCUGCAAUUGCUUGCACUUCUCCUCUGAACUCAUCAGUUGAGACAACCUCUUCUUCAGCUUUCUAAGAAGAAAUCUCAUCAAAUACUACAUUUCGAGAUGUAACAAAUUUCUUAGUGAUUGGAUCCAUGCAUUUCCACCCUUUUCUAUAAGGGCAUAGCCAACAAAGAUGCAUUUCUUGGCUUUUGGAUCUAAUUUGCUUCUUAUUGUCUUUUGAAUAUGUACAUAGCAGAUGGCUCCAAAGACUCGAAAAUAAUCCACUAUUGGUUUAUCCCCA